AUGGCGCACGGGCACACAUUUGUGUUGCAUUUACUAGGCAUCGAGAGGCAUCGAGGGCCUGACGAUCCGGACGAGCUUGACGACUUGAACGAGCCUAAUGACUUGGAUAAGCACGAUGAUCCAAACGAUGAGCUCAAAAACCCGAACAGACCGGACGACCCGAACGAGACCGAUGAUCCGGACGAUCCGAAUGAGCCCGAUGAUCCGGACGACCCGAACGAGUCCGAUGAUCCGGACGAGUACGAAGAUCUGGACGGGAACGACGACCCGGACGAGGCCGAUGAUCCAGACAGGCACAAUGACUCUGACGAGGCCGACGAGCCGGACGAGCUAGACGACACAGACGGGCUCGACGACCUGAAAGAGCCCCACGAUACGGACGAGUUUGACGACCUAGAAGAUCCAGACGGGCAUGACGACACGGACGGACCCGACGAUGAGGACGGUUCAGACAAACCAGACAUGCCAGAUAACACAAACGGGCUCGAUGAUCCAGACGGGUACAAUGACCGGGUCGGGCCCGGCGACCCAGACGACCUAGACAAACUCAACAACUCGGACAACCCGACCAACACAAAUCGGUCGAACCAGACAAGCCCGACAACAUGGACGACUGGUCGACCCGGACGGACCCAACGACCUGGACGGGUGAUGUGA